AUGCCCGCACCGCUAGCCAAGGGAAUCUUGAUUUCCCUCUCCAUACUCGCUGCCGUUGGAAUAGCAGUAUACGAGAACCCUCAAGUCAAGGAAUGGGUAGAAGAACAGCGACGCAAGAUUAUCGAGUUUCUCGGCACCUUUGGAGACCAACUCGACCCGCAAUCACGACGACAGGCAGAAGCAUUCGCAUACGAAGGGCGUUUGCCCACUCCAAGUCGUGACGAAGCUGCUGGAAUGGCAAAUGCUGUUGCAAGAGCUACUGGAAGAGAGACGACGGACGACUCGAUCACCAGACGCAACACGACAAGCCAGACACCUCAAAGUCCCGAUGAGGCCGAGGAGAGAAGGCGGUUGGGCAGAGAGUAUCUGGCCAAGAGGAACCAAGAGAUGCUGGACUUGAGGGAGAAGCAGAAGAUGAGGAGGAGCACGUCGGAACUGUCUGAGAAGACACCCCCUUCACCGACCUUCGACCAAAUGGUGAAUGUCGACGGCUCUUUGAAAUCAGACAAGAAGGACACACUAGAAGAAAGCGGAUACUUUAACGAGAAGACGCUUGAGCUUCCGUCAGUACCGACGGACGAGCCCAAGUCCCUUGCAAGCACUCGUAUCCAAGAACCUCCCCUCUUGGUCGCAGCCUUCAACAACGGAUCUCGCUACGCGAGUCCCUUCGGCGACGAGUUUGAACUAUCAGGUACACUCGACUCUCGCUCACCAACGCCAAAGCCUCCGGUUCCACCCAAGAUUGCCAUCGACGACACAAACACGAUCUGCGGACUAUCCAUCACUCCAAAAGAGUCCUCGGCCAGACAGAUCCCUAUCUCGGGUCAUGACGACUCAAUACCUGCCAAUCUCAGCUACGAAGAACAGCUCGUUCGUGCCAUGUCAAUCAGUCUGGCCGAAAGCGAAGAAGCCGCCCGUCGCACCCGUCUCUUGGAGCAAGAACAGCGCGACAAAGACUUUGCCGCCGCCGUCGCCGCCAGUCUAGCCGAUGUGGAGACAACGAGGCAAAAGGAGCAGCAGCAGCAGCAGCAGCAGCAUAGCGAACAACUCAUCAACUUGACACCCGACCCUCCCGUCUCUGUUCCUGUCACCUCCGAACUGAGCGACGAUGAGCUCUACACCGUAUCGCCUCGCCCCCAACCCCGUCGUGUCAUUCCAGUUGCGCUUGGAUCCAUGGUCAUGCCCGCAGCCUACGAUCCCGUCCAUGAAGCCGCCGCCGCCACCCUGCACCCACAAACACCACUUCCGCUCCACACGCCCACAACCGCUACAUUCUCAUCUCCAGAGUUCGAACGCGACGCCAUCUCUCUUUCCUCUGCUUCUUCUUCCACCACAACCGAUGACUUUGCUUCUGCACCAGCUAGUGUGGCAGCUAGCGAAAUGAGUCUGAUUGACUUUGGAGAAGUGGAGAGUGUGGACAGUGGUGAUGAGAGCGAACCCGAUGGUGUUUUGACGCCGGGCAGUUGGACGGAUGUGGGUAGUGAUGUUGGCAGUGAGGAUCAGGAGCACCACCGACUUGGUUAG